AUGGGCUCGACUGUAGAGAGUUUCGACUACACGUCGCUGAAAGAGCUAUUGAAAGAUACAAAGGCCGAGGUCUUGACUCCUGGCGAUGGACAGGAGUACGAAGACAUUAUUCAGAGGUGGAGCGAGAGUUGUGUCAAAAGAGCUUCUGCUGUUGUAGCAGUCAAAUCCGCAUCCGACGUCUCAGCAGCACUCGAACAAGUCCGCAAGCACAAACUUCCCUUCACCGUCCGAGGAGGCGGACACUCAACAUCCGGCGCUGCCUCCAUCGAAGAUGGUCUCGUCAUCGAUCUCUCCAAAAUGCGCGGUGUCACCGUCGACCCCGAAGCCCGCACCAUCACCGCAGAAGGCGGCACCAUCUGGGAAGACGUCGACGUCGCGGCUGCAAAACACGGUCUUGCAACCGUAGGCGGCACCGUGAACCACACCGGCGUCGGUGGCCUAACUCUUGGUGGCGGCUACGGCUACCUGACUGGGCAGUACGGCUUGACCAUCGACAACCUGCUCUCUGUCGAAGUUGUUCUGGCCUCAGGCACAGUCGUCACAGCCUCGAAAACCACCAACGCAGACCUGUUCUGGGCGAUCCGCGGCGCGGGCCAAAACUUCGGUGUAGUCACAAAGUUCACUUUCCAGGGCUACGAGCAAUCGAAUCCCGUCUUUUCAGGCCCACUUGUCUUCCCGCCAACAGCGCUCCCCCAGAUUGUACAGUUUAUGAACAAGUUCCACGAGACAAACGAUGGACGGCAAACACUUGUCGUCGCCUUCUCCUCCCCACCACCGCAAAAUGCCCCAGUCAUCCUGACGCAACUCUUCCACAACGGCACCGAAGAAGAAGGCCGCGCCAUAUUCGGCGACCUCUUCGCGCUCGCGCCCCUCGCAGACAUGAGCGGCACGGUGCCCUACCAGGUCGUGAACAGCCUUUUGAACGCCUCCGCGGGCUCCGACGGGCGCAAGUUGUUCGGCGGCGGCGCAUUCAAACUGCCCCUCGAUCCAAGCUUCGUGGAGGGCGUGUAUCGCGAGUUCCAGACGUUUGUGGAGAGCAAGGAGAACUUUGCGGUUGCGCAGAGUAUGAUGCUGUGGGAGGUUGUGCCGUAUAAGAAGGUUAUGGAGGUGAGGAACGAGGAAACCAGUUUUGCGAAUAGGGGAGACUAUUAUAAUGUUGCGACGAUGUUUAAGUGGUUCGAUCCCGCUCUCGAUACCGAGAUGCGCACAUUCUCGCGCUCGCUGCUGAAGAAGGCCUCUGAGACUGCUGCGAACAGGUCGAAGGACGGAGGAGUGGGCCAGUAUGGCAACUAUGCCAGCGAGGAAGUUGCGGCGAACGAUAUCUUUGGCGAGAAUGUGAGGCGUUUGGAGGAUCUGAAGCAGAAGUAUGAUCCAGACAACUUGUUCAGUCAUGGAACGAAGCUCACGCCGCGACCACUGGUCGUGGUGAACUGA